UGGGUGCGCGCGCAAGGCUAACCGCGCACAAGAGCUGACGCUAUUAAUAACAAGCGGAGGAUACGUGAUUAUAUCGGCUACUGGUUAAAUAACCCGCUCAAAGGAAAAUAUAAAAGACAUAAAAACCACAUCGUCAGCAGGGUUAAGGGAUGGAUUUCCCUGUAGAUGUGUUGGUGUCUGGCAGACAUGAGGACUUGGAAAGUUCAGCCCAGAGCUACAUGAACAAACUGCUCUACAGCAACCCAGAUAACACACAAUACUUUACCCUGCCCAGCAUGAGAAAGAUCCGGAUCAGUCCUGCCAAUGUCGGGUUUGUUCCUCUUUAUGGAGCCAAUCUAAAACACAAAGUCCUGGCUCUGUUUGAUCCCGAGGACCAGUUCACAGCUGUGGCAUUGUUCUUGGCUGACCAGUGGUACGCAGUGGAAGAUGUUCUCAGAACGUCAAAUCCUGCAAGAGAAGGCCUUGUGAAGGCAAGGUCUGUGGGCGAGAGGACCGUCUUAUAUGUGCUGAACCGCAUCAUUUAUCGGACGGUGGAAAUGGGUUCUAACGAGGUGCCGUUCCUGUGCCACGGAGAAGACGUCUUUGCGAAAAUCCUCUGGAAGAAUGGAGAGGCAGUGGGCUUCUACUCGGUCAAAUCUAAAGGUAGCUUGUGUAAUAGCUUUGUGAGCCAGUGCUACCUACUUCCUGUCAUGGACUCUAUAUUUGUGCGGAAGGAUCACCGUGGUAACGGUCAUGGCUUGCAGAUUUUGGAGGACUUUGUAGACUCCUUUAAAGAUGAUGAACUGGGCGUGAAAUACCCUUUAACACCAGCAAUGCAAAAGGUAUGCAGACAGUACCUGAGCACAUACCCGGCCGAUGUGGACCUGUUGUGGGAGGUGGAAGGAGUCGGAGGUCCCUACCAGAAAGUGAAAGUGGCAAGCAAACUUGGCUCCAUGACACUACAAUGCAACCACAGCUCAUGGGCAGCAGAGGAAAGCAAAAACAGAGAGGCUGCGGUUAGUGAGGUGGAGAUGACCGAGGAGAGCUGCCUGGACAUCACGGAGGAUGUGGUGGUAGUCAACAAACAUCUCAAAGUAGCAGAAGAAAUUAGUGACUUGCCCAUUUCCACACGCAUGCGCAGUAGUGAACACAGACAAAAGAAAAGGCUGCGGGAAGAACCAGAAGAGAGCGCCAUGGAGAACCGACCUGAAAAAAUCAGCAGAGUGGUCGAACCUGAAGCAGAGACAGAACCUGAUGCUGUUGUGCCAGAGACUAAAGAACACACAGAUGGAGAAAGUGGAGGAGAACAAGAAGGAGCAGCAACCUCAGUCCAGGUGGAAGAGGCUGCAACCAAUGAGGCCCUUGCAGACACAGAAAUUCUGGUGGCAGAAGUCAAUGGAGAAAUGACUGACAGUCAGGAAGAGAAGAAUGAGAUGUCAGCAGUCACAGCAGAGGAUGCACAGGCCAUGCAAGUGCUCUCUCUAGAGGCUGAACCUGUCAUCCAAAAUGGCACUGCUGAGGAGAUAGAGGCAGAGGGAGAAGCACAGGAUGACAUCGUUGACACCCCUGAAGUGUCUGAAGUAGUGGAGCAGAUCGACCAAGAACUUGUUACUGAGGAGAAACAGGAUGCAAAAGCAGAAGUUUCUUCUCCAGUUGAAGAGGAAGUUCAGCAGGAACAGGAAGAGGAAGUAGCUCCUGCAGUUGAGGAUGUAGCUUCAACAGUUAAGGAAACCGAAGACACUGAUCGUCCACCAGCUGUUCCUGAGGUGCCAGUCAUUCCGGCCAACCUGGUUGAGUGUGUUUCCUCUGUGCAGGACAGUGAUGCAGUAGAGGAACCAUCUGCUCCUGAGCUAGAAGCUCUACAGGAGGAGACGUCUGCUUCUCCUAGUGCAGCAGGUGAAGAAGAGGUCAUUAUAGAGACAGAGGAGCCAGCUGUGAACCAACAAGAUGAGACUGCCUCCGAUGAGCCACUUGAGACGGAGGAAAGCCAACCUACAACGGAGGACUCCGAAAAAGAGGAGCCAGAGGAAGAGAAAUUACCUGAGAUGGAUGAAAAAGAUGAACAGAAAGAAGAGGAGGACACUGCCACCACUGAAGAUGAUGAUGAUGAGGGAAAAAGCUCAGACGAAGUUCACGAUUCUCCUCCAGGCAUUCGAGUUCUUCGAGGAGGCAGGAUCAAACCCGUCCCGCCAACACCCAAGCGCACAUCCAGUAGACUGAGCAAAGCUGUCGUUAUACAGGUGGUUGAUGAGGAGUUUGAUGAAGAUGGAGAAGAGGAAAACCUCACAAGCACUGAAGAGGAGAAGGGGAGCACAGAGGAAGAAGAAGCUUCUGAACACAAUUCGGGAGAAGAGGAGGGCCCUCCGGUGAUUGACAGGAGAGUGUUGCGGAUGAAAACCAAAGUGAUCCAGUCCACACCCACAAAAGCAAAAAGACGCAGUAAAAACUGAUUACAUUCAUUCUCCAUGACACUCCAGUACACUGCAGUAUUGUCUACAUUCAAAACACAUAGUAUGUAAGUUAGUAAGUACUACUUAGUACACACUUAUAUACCACUAUCUGUACUAGAGCGAAUUCAAAUGUCUUUUAUACUUGGGUCAGGGUUUAUAACAGGCGGUGUUUACAACAUCUAGUUUUUGGUUUUGGUUCAGGUUUUGUUUUAUGUCUAAAAGAGAAAAUUAAAACAACUGGCUGUAUUUCAUAUUAAUAUGUUGUAAGCACAGUCCUUGAUUUACAGUGCUGACUGCUCACAAUUAUAACUGUGAUUUGAAUCUUCCUUUACUUUUGAUUUACCUUUAAAAUGUAUACAUAUUGAAUGCAGCUUAAACUGCUUAUAAAAAAAAGCAGCUAUAAUCUUGCGAAUUUCCCAGACUAAGUUACAAUGUGAAGAUCUUCUAUUAGGCGUGCUGUUGUGGAUUGAGUUUCACCAAUAUCGUUUCAGAUUUUGUUCUCACAAAUGUUUUGAUUUAAAUUGUCACCUCACCCAAUAAGCUUUUAAGCAGACCCUUUCACAUUUGUAACUACCUUUCAGAUGAUUUUGACAGGUUUUUAAAUGUGUUCUCCAAAUUUUGUGAAUUAAGGCAUUGCUAUGCACGCCCAUACAUACACAUGUACAUUAUUAGAUGUAUUCACACAUAAAUAUGCAAGUAUGUUUAUACCUGAGGAAAGUGCAGGUUUAUGUUAAAGUUUACAUGAAGGCUAAUAUGUUAACUGUAUGGUUAAUUAUAUAUAUGGCUGGUAAAGAGACUGACAUUAGCAUCCAAAAGUGAUGUUUGUGUUUAAAUGUCUUGUCUCAUUUUAAAUACCAACUCUAGAUUAUAUAUUAAGCUGAAAACUAAAGCAUAAAAUAUGAGUGGUGAAUCUUAAUAGUUGUGGCUUUAAGUAAUGUAGAUAUUAAGACUUGUGUUGACACCUGUUAGCAUUUUACUCGUAGUGAAGUAUUUCAUUGUUUUUUUUGUUUGGUUUUUUUCAAAAAAUCUUCAGUAGCCCAUGUGCUAUUAAAUGUCGCAUAUAUCGUCUAAUUCAUAUUUUGUUAAAGCUGUGAAAGAAACGCUCACACAUUUCAGUUUUUACACACGUUUCAGAGUUUGAACACUCCAUGGUUAAUGUGGGUGACCACAUGAGGGUGCACUUGGAUGUUAAAAAAGCCAUUGCGGGAGUCUCUUCUCAUUCUUUCAAGAUCAUUGUUUGUCUUCGCCGUUAUCUCAUUGUUGACACCUGAGGUCAGUUGCUUGCGUUUUUAUAUCAGGUGAAAAUAAGGAAAAGAAAAGAACCCUAGAAACGUGAAUUCUUCCAGAUUUCCUCUCAACUUAAAAGUGUCAAAGUUCAUGCUUUUUUGGUGAUAGGAAAUCAAAUUAAAAGUAGACAUUUUUGAUCACAAUCUUGAGUGCUUUAAACUUUAUUUUACUUGUUUAGGUGUUUGAGCAAUAUUUUUCUGGACUAGUUUUCUCAAACUGAUUUUCCUGUAGUAAAUAAAUACCUU